GUCAACGAUACAGCUGUGUCAAUCCUUCCUUACUACGGCAGCAAGGCAGGGCCGACGUGCUAACAGCAAGUUGCAACAACGGGAACCUCCUCCACAAUGGGAUAAAAUGGAUAAAGUCGCAUCUGGCUCUUCUGUGGCUGAUGAAGAUGAAAGUUUGGACACAGAGGUUAUAUGUUUGAUGAGAGUCGGGAGGAAUUCCGACUGGCUUCGCUUGUUCGAAAACACAGAGGUUACUGUUGGCCGAGGCUUUGAUGUGACCUAUCAGCUCUUGUCUCCUAGUUACCCUUUAAUGAUAUCCAGGCUGCACUGUACUUUCAUUCAAAGGGAAGAUGGACACUGGACAGUCACGGACAAAAAGUCUCUCAAUGGCGUGUGGGUGAAUGGCUGCCGUAUCCCCACCGAAGAAGCCCACCCUCUUAAACUUGGAGACUCCAUACAACUUGGUGUGCCUGUGGGGUCCAAUAUGGAGUAUGACUUCACGCUUGUGCAGCGACCGCUGAGAGAAGUUAGGCAUAACUUGGCAAAGAGACCUAAUGGGGGCACAAAAGUAGCCCACAUAGCCAAGAAACCCAAGAGGAAGUUGGUCCCGGAAGAAGUGGAGCCGUCCACCUCAAAGUCCAAACUGUACCGCUGCUCAUCCGCAGACAAGUCAUUGGCUCAGUCUUGCCCUCUGCCUCCAGUCAUGCACGACCGACACUGCGAUCACCCCCAGACAGAGCAGACCGCUCCCCAUCGACACAUGGAAGAAACCAUACUGACCUGUGGUGCCUCAGGUGCUCCCUGUGACCUAGACAACUUGCAGACGUUCAGCCAGAACAUGUUGAUGCUGAGGGAGCAGGUGGAUAACACGGAACGGCAGGUCGCCAUGCUGGAGGGUGGGCCACAAUCGACUGACCCGUACAUAGAGGAGCAGGUCAAGGAAUUGCUACGGCCGCUGAAGAGCCUCUGUGCCAAGAUGCAACAAAUGAAGACAUUAGAGAGAUCCUUCCGUGCAACUGUGCAGCAGCCAGAGGCUCUGAGAACACAGCAGCAAGAGGAGCUGAUGAAAAAACAGUUGGAAGAAGCCCUGCAGGAGCAAAAGAAAGUAAUGGAUGAACUCGCUCACUCUCGGAAAAGCUUUGAGGAGAUUAUCCUGGCCAAAAACAAAGAACUUGAAGUAACAAAGGAGGAGAAGGAAAAGGCCAGGGCCCAGAAGGAGGAGGUUGUCACUCAAGUGACAGAGGUCUUGGAAAACGAGCUUCAGUGCAUCAUCUGCUCUGAGCUCUUUGUCGAGGCAGUCAUCCUGAACUGUGCUCACAGCUUCUGUUGUUACUGCAUCAAGCAGUGGUGCAAAAAGAAAAAGGAGUGUCCUAUCUGCCGACAGGCCAUCAAGUCUCAAACCCGAUGCCUGGCACUGGACAACUGCAUCGACAGCAUGGUGGAGAACCUGAGCUUGGAUAUGAAAGCCAGGCGGAAGAUGCUGGUCACUGAGAGGAAAGAUGCUGACUCUGCACAUGUGAUUGUGAUCCAAGAUGAGGAUGACAGCAGCAGAAACAGAAGCAGCAUCAGUAGAAGUGGUCAAGACUAUGGACACUCACAGCAGUCCUGAAAGAAGUUCCUGAAUUAGUUUUCUCUUAAUUCAUUUAUUUUUCUGCAGAAGACUGGAACAAGAAGUGGUCUUAUUUGUCAUGUUUCCCCAGGAUGUCCUUGAGAAACGAGUCUGUCCUGUUUUUUUGUUUGUUUUCCAACAUCUAGAAUAAAAAAUGUUCCUGUGCAUAUCAUCUCUCAGGCUGUAAUGCUGGAGCUGUUUGACUCAAUAUUCUCAGGUCAAAAGUGUAACAAGUUAACAGUGUUGUUUUUGUGUGAUAUUGUUUAAAAAAAAUCAAAGAAUUGUGUUGCAGCCAAUUUACUGCCUGACGGGUUUGGGCUGCAGGUGGCAGCAUUUAGUUUAGCUAGUGGCUUUUAGUUGGCCGGCGUUCGGUUGUUAUGGAAAUAAGUGUCAACGGGACUGUUCGUUGCAGGUAUGUCCUCCAGUUGGUUUCCAAUAUAAAUUGUUUUAGUUGAUAUUCCCCUUUGAGAUGUAGCACAGCUAAUGUUUGCAACAGCCACUGUAUUUGACUAACAUUGAUCAAAGUUCUGCUUACCUUUUAACAAGAAGUGUGUUAGCAAGGUAGCUACCUAGCAUGACGAGUAACUCAUUAAAACCAUUAACAGC